UUAUUAUGAAGAAAUAAAGAUAUCCCCCCAAAACAAAAAAGAUAUCAAAAUGUGAAAAUAAAUAUUUUUAAAAAAUUAGCCACGAAAAAAAUAAACGAGGGGAAUGAUACAUAAAUUUGACGAGAAAGCCAAAGAAUAUAAAAAUUUAGGGAUACUCAAUAAUAUCGAUCUCAAUAAUGGCUUCCACAUGAAAAGGAAACAUUCGAGCACCAAUUGCACCAAGCCGAUGAAAAAGUCCUUCGCAAUCGACGACAUCUUGGAAGAAAUUCCAAACGAUACCAGUAAUAUGAUCUCUAACAUUCACAACGAUUCUUUAAAUAGUCAAUGCUCAUCUUUUAAUGGCUCUAACAUAAGCUUGAAUUCUGUUGGCAGUAGUCUUCAAAACAUCGCAGAAGUUGGAAAUGAUCACACAAUCGAAUUCACGAAUAAUCUUCACACAAAAAUUAACGAUAGCACCGAGGAAGAAUGUGAAUCGAUGAUCAAUGCAAGGGAUAUGUGGAAAUUCUAUCAAAAUCAUCAGAAUCCGCUAUCUUACUAUCACCACCAACCAUACCUACCUUACAACUAUUAUUCUUUGUUAAAACACGAUAACACCGACCCUAAUAUUUCCAACUCUACCACAAUUAACCUAGAAAAAGACCAGAGUAUUUCCAAUCCAUCUAUUACUCGCAAAUUAAUCCAAAAUGGUACGAGUACCAGCUCCGCAAAAGCCAACUCUACUUCCCGAACCCAUAAAGUUAAAAACACAUAUCCUAACGAAUUCGAUUUGAAAGACCCGGAAACAUUAAAUCGACUAAGCGUAUGUACACUGAGAAAACACAAAGCGAAUCGAAAACCGCGAACUCCGUUCACUUCUAGUCAAUUGGUUUUGCUGGAAAAGAAAUUUAGGAACAAACAAUAUCUAUCGAUAGCGGAGAGGGCACAAUUCUCCAAUUCACUGGAAUUGUCGGAGACUCAGGUCAAAAUUUGGUUUCAAAAUCGAAGAGCUAAGCAAAAACGUAUGAAAGAAGCCGAGAUAGAGAAACAAGAAAAGUUGAGAUUCGAACAAGAUUUCAAACAAGACAAAAAUAAUCACUCUACUAUUGAUUUUUCGAACGAAAAUCUAAAGCAUUUAGAUGACACGCCAAACGAAGAUUCCAUGACCGAAUCGGAGUAUGUAGAGAAAAAUAUUGUCAAUACUCACAAAACGAAAAAUGAAGCCAACUGUAAAAUCAAAUCUGAUUCUUCAGGUAACCAUUUGUCGAUAUCCGUUGAUCUCCCGAUCACCAAUUCCGAGAAAACGUCUGAUCUAGUUUAUUCGAGUGGCAACCUUUUGCGUGAUAAAGAGAACAAUUUCUCAACUAAUUCCAAGACCGAGCCAACGUUUCCUAUUAACUCGAUUUUUAAAUUAGAUCUAGAAACACCUUUUGAGUUAGAUACUAUGUUCAAAGGUUACCCAUUUUAUUCCGGAUACAAUGCCAAAAGUAAUCUAUACAAUCAUCAAAUGACUCAACUAAUGAGGAAUAUAUUCAAUCAUUAUAGUUGGCCUAUAUCAUAAAAAUUUAUAGCAAUCAUAAUUAA